AUGACUGAUUACAUGGUGCCAAUUCAACAACCUGGGAAGAUCAAGCAACAGCAAUGCCAGCUCAGCUUCCUAGGCGUGCUGAAUCUGGUGGCGACGUCGCUGUAUCAGCUGACGCCUCGUGCACCCAGCAGCCUCGCGCCUGAUGGCAGGCGUGUGGCUCCGCCCUGGGACAUAGUGUUCAUCGCCGGCGGGGCGCAAGCCAUCUCACGAUUCACCUCGGAGUGCGAUCUGCUGGGCGGCCUGGUGCGGGGCGUGAGUGACAACUUCUGGCAGCAGCGGUCGCCGCUGAUGAACCAGGCGCUGCUCUGCCUGGCCAUCUGCCUGCUCGCCGAGGUCAGCACGGCGGACGCUAUCGCUGAGGCCCUGCUUCCUCUGGCACACGUCGUCGCGUCACGCACAGACAAGGAGGCGCAGUUCUUCGCCUUGCCCUUCGCGCUGUGCGCCUCGACCAAUCUGGUGCUCCCCAUGUCGCUUGCCCAUCGUCCUCGUGCACGGCUUCAAGGAACUCGAUCUCACGCAGCUGCUAAUGGUGGGCGUGGCCGUCAAGGUGGUGUUGGUAGCCGGCGUCCUGCUGUCCAUGAGCGCCAUGGGCCCACUGCUGCCUCUGUCGGCCAACGCGUUCGAGGCGCCCACCAGUUCACCGAAAACGUCUUCCGCGAGACCGACCGCCAACCAUUCCCGUCUUUUCUACUAAUCGCUCCAACCGAUACGCGCGCUGUACGUUGCGCGCGCGCGCCCCGAUUCUAG